ACUGCUUUCUCUCCUCAACUUCAGCGUCCCUGUCUCUCCUCGCGUCUCCUCUGCGGCUGUCUGUGUUGCUCUGUGUAAGAGAACGGCUCGCUAACUAACGCUUUAUCAUUGCUCUCCGGAACUGUGCUUGCGUCGGCUCUGUAACUCCUAGUCUGUGCUCUAGCCAUGGCGUCUUUCGAAGAUUAUGAUGAGUUCGGGAACUACAUCGGCGCAGACCUCGAUUCGGACAACGAGGAGGAGGUCCCGCAGAAUGAAUUCAAUCAACAGCAGCAACGACAGCCGCUCGAAGGCUUUGACGAGGAUGAGCCCAUGCAAGCCCCGGAGGAACCUGGGACAGCUUUAAUGGAAGUUGACGCGGUUGUGCAUAACGCGGUCGUCCUACAUGAGGACAAACAGUAUUAUCCAACAGCGCAGGAAGUGUACGGCCAAGACGUAGAGACACUCGUCCAGGAGGAAGAUGCGCAACCGCUGACCGAGCCUAUCAUCGCUCCUGUCAAAGUGCGCAAAUGGACCGUGGAGGAGAAGGGGAUGCCCGAGACUCGUUUUGAUAAGGCCUUCAUGCUGAACAUGACUGCAUUCCCCGAGUUCAUUCGCAACAUCGCGGUCGUCGGUCACCUGCAUCAUGGAAAGACCGCUCUCAUGGACAUGCUCGCCUUUGAGACACACAAGAUGGUUUGGGACUCCGACCACCAGACUCGCUACACGGAUACGCACAUCCUUUCACGAGAACGCGGAAUCUCCAUCAAGUCCUCGCCUAUGUCCCUCAUCCUGCAGAAUAGCUAUGGGAAGUCGCACCUCAUACACCUCAUCGACACACCGGGGCACGUCAACUUCGUUGACGAGGUAGCUUCCGCGGUGCGCCUUGUGGAUGGUGUCAUCUUGGUCGUAGACGUCGUCGAAGGGGUCAUGGUCAACACCGAGCACAUCAUCCGCCAUUGCCUGCAGGAAGGCGUCAAAAUGACCUUGGUCGUCAAUAAAAUCGACAGGCUCAUUCUCGAGCUACGUAUCAAGCCUGCAGAUGCAUUCUACAAGAUCAAGCAUACCAUUGAGGAGGUCAAUUUGUUCAUCAGUGGUAUCAACCCGGACCCGGAAUUGCGUCUAAGCCCUGAGAAUGGCAAUGUCGCCUUCGCUAGCACAGACAUGCACUGGUGCUUCACUCUUCACUCCUUCGCCCAGAUGUACGCUGACACCUAUGGUCCUAUGGACGUGUCCGCGUUUGCCGAUCGCCUCUGGGGCAACAUCUACUUCAAUGCCGAGACGCGCAAGUUCUCGCGCAAGCCCGCCGACCCCGAGGCAAACCGCACCUUCGUGCACUUCAUCCUUGAGCCACUCUACAAGCUCUACACGCAGGUGCUCAGCGAGGAGACGGACGGCCUGAAGGAGACGCUGGACGGCCUGCGCAUCCAGCUCGCGCCGGUGAUGUACAAGAUGGAUGUGCGCCCGCUGUUGAAGGCGGUCCUGGACCAGUUCUUUGGGCCGUCGGUGGGCUUGAUCGACAUGAUUACGGAGCACAUACCGAGUCCUGUAGAGGCUACUGCUGCCAAGGUGGAGAGUACCUACACAGGCCCAAUGUCGGACGAAUUGGUGGCCCGGAUGAAGGCUUGCGAUCCCGAAGCACCCGUCAUGGUCCAGAUCACAAAACUGUACCAUACCACAGACGCACAAUCCUUCCGCGCGUUUGGUCGUGUCAUCAGCGGGACGCUUCGCAAAGGCAUGGACAUCAAGGUGCUCGGUGAGGGCUACUCACCGGAGGACGAGGAAGACAUGGUCAAGGCUGUCGUCGAUGACAUCUGGAUCAGCGAAGCGCGGUACUUCGUCCCUGCGGAGGAAGUCCCCGCUGGCAACCUGGUCCUGCUCGGCGGCGUCGACGCGUCGAUCACCAAGACCGCCACGCUCGCCUCCGUCGACAUCGAGGAGGAGCUGUACAUCUUCCGGCCGAUCAAGCACAUGACGCAGUCCGUGCUCCGGAUCGCCAUCGAGCCCAUAGCGCCCUCGGAGCUGCCGAAGAUGCUGUCGGGCCUGCGGAGCAUCAACAAGUCGUACCCGCUCGUGUCGACGAAGGUCGAGGAGAGCGGGGAGCAUGUGCUGAUCGGCACGGGCGAGCUCUACCUCGACUGCGUGAUGCACGAUCUGCGGAGGCUGUUCUCGGAGAUCGAGAUCAAGGUGUCGGACCCGGUGACGAAGUUCUGCGAGACGGUCCUCGAGACGAGCGCGUUGAAGUGCUAUGCGGACACGCCGAACAAGAAGAACCGUAUCACGAUGAUCGCGGAACCGCUUGAGCGGGGCAUCGCAGAGGACGUCGAGACGGGGCGCGUGAAUAUGCGGAUGACGGCGAAGGAGCGCGGCAAGUUCUUUGAGGAGAAGUACCAGUGGGACUUGCUCGCCUCUCGGUCAAUAUGGGCGUUCGGUCCUGAUGACAGCGGGCCGAACAUUCUGCUGGACGAUACGCUGCCGUCGCAGGUGGACAAGAAGCUGCUGGGCACGGUCAAGGAGCACAUCAAGCAGGGCUUCCAGUGGGGUGCUCGGGAGGGCCCGCUUUGUGAUGAGCCGAUGCGGAAUGUCAAGUUCCGGAUUUUGGACGCGAGUCUUGCGCAGGAGCCAAUAUUCCGCGGCGGAGGACAGAUUGUCCCAACAGCGCGCCGAGUUUGCUACUCUUCGUUCUUGAUGGCAACGCCGCGUCUUAUGGAGCCUGUGUACUUCGUCGAGGUGCAGGCACCAGCAGACUGCAUCUCUGCUGUAUACACAGUCCUCGCACGGAGACGAGGGCACGUCACACAGGACAUCCCGAAGGCCGGGUCGCCGCUGUACACCGUCAAGGCCCUUAUCCCUGUCAUCGAUGCAAACGGCUUCGAGGCAGACCUGAGGACAGCGACGCAAGGCCAGGCGUUCUGUCUGCAAGUGUUCGACCACUGGUCAAUCGUUCCUGGUGAUCCCACCGACACGAGCAUCAAGCUGCGGCCACUGGAACCCGCGUCGGGGCAAGCACUCGCGAGGGACCUGGUGCUGAAGACGCGGCGGCGAAAAGGUCUAGGCGACCAGAUCGCGGUCUCAAAAUAUCUCGAUGAUGAGUUUAUUCUUGCGUUGUCGGCGUCGGGGCAUGCAGACCUGUUGACACAUAUUGUUUCCCUCGUCUUCGGUCCUUCGUAUACAAUGCGAAGAGUAGCGCUUUCUACCCUCCUCGCCAUCGCCGCGACCGGUGUCGCCGCGCAGGACGACGCUCCCAAGCCCGUCUUCACGCCCACCGCGAUCAAGGCACCCUUCCUCGAGCAAUUCACAGACGACUGGGCGUCCCGGUGGACGCCAUCGGAGGCGACCAAGAAGACCCCCGUCGGCGGCGAGACCUUCAGCUACGUCGGCAAGUGGGAGGUUGAGGAGCCCAUCGUCUCCGUCAUUGAGGGCGACAAGGGCCUCGUCGCGAAGACGAAGGCCGCCCACCACGCCAUCUCCGCCCCCUUCACCGACGCUAUCGGCUUCGCCGACAAGCCGCUUGUCGUCCAAUACGAGGUCAAGUACCAGAAGGGCGGCAACUGCGGUGGUGGCUACAUCAAGCUCCUCGAGGAUGGUUUCCAGACAGAAGGGAAAGAGUUUUCUGACAAGACACCAUGGACAAUUAUGUUCGGCCCCGACUUGACAUGUCCGGGUACGAAGCUUCACUUCAUCUUCCGUCACAAGAAUCCCAUUACCGGCGAGUACGAGGAGAAGCACCUUGCGGCUCCUCCCAAGCCUACUAUUGAGAAGUUGACCAACCUGUACACGCUCAUUGUCAACCCCGAUAACACGUUCGACGUUCUGUUCAACGGUGAGAGCAAGGCGAACGGCAGCCUCCUCGAGGACUUCCAGCCCGCGGUCAACCCUCUCAAGGAGAUUGACGACCCUGAGGACAAGAAGCCUGAGGAUUGGGUUGACGCCAAGCGUAUCGCUGACCCGGAUGCUGUCAAGCCCGACGACUGGGAUGAGGACGCACCGUACGAGAUCACCGACGAGGAGGCUGUGAAGCCCGAGGGCUGGCUCGACGACGAACCCGAGACGAUCCCGGACCCCGACUCUGAGAAGCCCGAGGAGUGGGACGACGAGGAGGACGGCGAGUGGAUCGCGCCCGUGGUCCGCAACCCCAAGUGUGACGAGGCUCCUGGUUGCGGCGAGUGGAAGCGCCCCAUGAAGGCCAACCCCGCUUACAGGGGCAAGUGGUACGCGCCCAUGAUUGACAACCCUGCAUACAUUGGCGAGUGGGCUCCCCGUAAGAUCCCCAACCCCGACUACUUCGAGGACCUUGAGCCUGUCAAGAGCCUCAACAAGAUCGGUGGUAUUGGUAUCGAGCUCUGGACCAUGACGGAAGACAUCCUCUUCAACAACAUCUACAUCGGCCACUCCAUCGACGACGCGAACGCGUUGAAGGCCCAGACCUUCGAUGUCAAGAAGCCUCUCGAGGUCGAGCAGUCCAAGCCCAAGACGAACACCAAGGUCGUCGACGACGAGGAGGAAGUCUCCUUCGCUGAGGAUCCGGUCGAGUUCAUCCGCAGCAAGGCCUUCAAGUUCAUCGACCUCGCGAAGCUCGACCCCGUCCUGGCGUUCAAGACCCAGCCCGAGGUUGGUGCUGUCAUGGCUCUCUCGGUCAUCACGUUCUUCGGUAUGCUCGGUGCUAUGUUCGGCCUCGUUGGCGCUGGCCAGCAGCCCGUCACGAAGUCGUCAAAGAAGACCGACGCGCCCUCACCCGAUGACAAGAAGAAGGAGUCCGCACCUGUCGCGCCUGCCGGCGGCGACAAGAAGGAGGAGUCCACAGUGAAGAAGCGGAAGUAAAAAGGAACGCACAUGCCAUCGUCAUAGCAGUACACCAUGUUCCGCCUGUGUCGUGUUUUGCUUUCUUGCUUGGACCGCUGAGACUAGUAAUAUAUUGGGCUUGCGAGGGAAAUGAUAUGAAGUAUGCUAGAAUGUACAGGCGCGUAUAUACG